AUGUCAGCACAUGGAGGUCCCCCACUGACGUCGCUUUAUGCGACACGCUCAAGCAGCCCUGUCCAAGAAAGAACGCACAAAGGCAACAGCCGAAGAAAUAGGCUGUUUCGAGAGGAGCGGCGCGUAUCAUUUAAACGUGACUCCGAUGAAGAGAAUAUACGUCAAGUCCAACACCUGCUAGAAAGAAAUGACCUGGGCCGAAAUUCAGAGCUCCGCAAACAGGAGCAGGAGAUUGAGCGGUUGGAGCGCAAGUUGGCCAAAUACCACGAGAGACCCAGCGUAUCUCCGGACGAACGGGAGUCAAAACCGAUUCGUCAUGAAGAGGUGUGGAAUUCGGACUCGGAGGAGAGCGAUAUGGAUAGAAGAAGGAAAGCGACAAGGCGUCGUGAGCGCAUGUCUCGUCAUGAAGAGGGAAGGCGGCGCCGAUCGGAGGCUGAAGUACCGUCGAUGAGAGACCAGCGGCUGGAAAGAGAAGCAGAGCAAAGGGAACGUUUGAAGGCCCGUUUUGCUAGAGAGAGGGAGGAAGAAUGGUACCAUGGGGUCAAGACUGAUGAUGAACGUGCUCGACCUGUUCGACAGGAAUAUAGUAGAGUCCGAGAUGAAGAGGAAUCGCGGCGUCGGUCAGAGGCGGCAAGGCGACUCAAUAGACUUGAGAAGAUGGAGAAAGAGGAGGAAGAAGACAAUAGAGUCUAUCGAUGGCGAUUCAAGAAGAUGGAAGGGGAAGAAAGCGUUUCUCAGGAGAGCGAGAUGAAAGAUAAGUCCGACAUUUCCGCUGCUAGUAUGGAGAUGGUACGACGAGAAAGCUGGCAACGUGCCAGGGACGAAGAUCGCCAUGAUUCAUUCAGCCUGGCUGAUACCUCUAGCGAGCAUCAAGAUAUUUUAAUUACCACGCCUUCAACCGAGAAUACAAUGAUGGAGCGGGUUGAGGACGAUAUUCCCGGGAAGAUAUCCGGAGAACUAUCGCUUCCAGAUAGUUUGGAGGACUUGUUAAUACAGUGGACCACUCUUGAUCGGCAGGAGAUACAGCGUGGCUAA